CGAAGAGCGUCGACCAGGGGUCUGGGAAGGAGAAAAUGAAGCUCAAGGGCCUCCUACUCCGGUAUUACCCGCCAGAGUAAUAUUUACUUUUAACAAAAUUCUGAAAAGCACAUAAAAGGAUAACUAAGAGCAUGCUCAACCCACUGAAGGAAUUAUGUUGGAAUAUGAAAAGAGUGGAGAAUUGAGGACCAAAUCCAUAGAUUUGCUCAACCUCAGUUCCAGCACUGAUGUCAAUGCCUUAGUAGAAGAAAUACAAAAAGCAGAGCCUCUAAUCACAGCUUCACGAUCAGAUCAAGUAAAGCUUUUAAUACAGAGGUUACAAGAUAAACUCAGACAGCACAGCAAUCACAAAUUUUAUCUUUUUAAGGUUCUCAGAGCACAUAUACUGCCAUUGACUAAUGUUGCACUUAAUAAAUCAGGCUCAUGCUUUAUCACAGGAAGCUAUGAUCGGACAUGUAAAGUCUGGGACACUGCAUCUGGAGAGGAACUUCACACCCUGGAGGGCCACAGGAAUGUGGUCUAUGCCAUAGCAUUCAACAAUCCAUACGGUGACAAAAUUGCCACUGGGUCCUUCGAUAAGACUUGUAAGCUAUGGAGUGUAGAAACAGGAAAAUGUUACCAUACCUUUAGGGGUCACACAGCAGAAAUAGUGUGUUUAUCCUUCAACCCUCAAAGCACACUCGUGGCCACUGGGAGCAUGGACACAACAGCCAAACUGUGGGACAUCCAGAAUGGAGAGGAGGUGUUCACUUUAAUGGGACAUUCCGCUGAAAUCAUCUCUUUGUCCUUUAAUACCUCAGGAAAGAGAAUCAUCACGGGAUCUUUUGAUCAUACUGUUGCAGUGUGGGAAGCUGAUACUGGAAGGAAGGUAUAUACCUUAAUCGGGCAUUGUGCUGAGAUUAGCAGUGCUUUAUUCAACUGGGAUUGCUCUCUGAUAUUAACUGGCUCUAUGGACAAAACCUGCAUGCUGUGGGAUGCCACAAAUGGAAAAUGUGUGGCAACACUAACAGGCCAUGAUGAUGAAAUUCUAGACAGCUGUUUCGAUUACACUGGAAAACUUAUUGCAACUGCUUCAGCCGAUGGAACAGCAAGAGUUUUCAGUGCUGCUACAAGAAAAUGCAUGACCAAAUUGGAAGGCCAUGAAGGAGAAAUUUCAAAGAUUUCUUUCAACCCCCAAGGGAAUCAUAUUCUGACUGGCAGCGCUGACAAAACAGCAAGAAUCUGGGAUGCUCAGACUGGUCAGUGCCUCCAGGUCCUUGAGGGGCACACAGAUGAGAUCUUUUCAUGUGCUUUCAACUACAAAGGCAACAUAAUCAUUACAGGUAGCAAGGAUAACACAUGUAGGAUAUGGCGCUGACUGAAGA